CGAAAACCUCAAAACCCUAGCCCACCACAAUCUUCUAGAACCUUCGUUUGCCAUGGCGCUCCUCCUCCGAGCUCUCCGGCGAGCCCUCCCGCCGCUCUCCGCGGCGACCCCGGCGGCGGCGGGGGCUCUACUCCGGCGCGCCCCGCUUCCCACUGCUGCUGCUGUUUCCCUUCCUUGUCGUGCUCGGCUGCUGGAUCCGAUCGGGCUCCGGCCAUUCUCCGUCGCCGCAACGGCCUCGCAGGCGCCGGCCAUGGGGGCCAGCCUCUUCGAAGGGCUCACGGAGACCCGGUUCCCCAAGCGGCGGCCGGGGUUCAAGUCACGGCGGAAGAGGGCCAGCCUCCGCCCCAAAGGUCCGUGCUACUGGGUGAAGUGCAAGCCAGAAGAGCCUAUCCCGGCGAACCAGCCGAAUGCCGGUAGCGUGCAGGGAAGGAAGGAGAAGAAGAGGAUCAAGCAGCGCAAGGCCUUUAUCAUGGCUGAAAAGAAGAAGCGUAAAGCUCAGUAUUCUGCUGCUGUUAAGCGAAAGGAUGCGGAAAGGACAGAAAGGAAGAUGGCUGCAGUGGCCAGAGAGCGGGCAUGGGCUGAAAGGUUGAUAGAGCUGAAACAGAUUGAGGAAGAAAAGAAAGCUGCAAUGGCUUAAGUAGCAACUGUCGAAAAUGGCAAGAAGUCUAACUUGUUUCUUCUGUUGCCUUUCAUCCCUGUUAUUUUGGAUAGCAUAUUUAUGCUCUGUGCUAUUCAUGGAUGUAACAAUCCUUUGAUGGAAUACUACUGGUACUGCUUCUUUUCAACAGUAUUACCAAAUGCUGGAUCUUGUUGUGAUACAGUAUUGUCAAUUUUUGUUCCCUGUACGGAAGUAGCUGUUCUAUGGUGUAUCUAAAAUAAAUGAUGUGAUUUUCAUUAUGUGCCAGAGGGAAGAACAUCUGCAAUCUACAAUCUUUUCGUACA